UCCCCUUUUCCCCUUUGUCCUUCUUACUCCCCCACUAUUCCAUUAUUUGCACCUAGAUUCGUAUGCAUGAAACUUACUUCGUGGGUUCUUCUCGUCUUCUUACACCAUAAACAUCAAGAAUCUCUCUCCACACACACACACAGAGAUCUGGUUCUUAGUUUUAUGCCUAUUAACUACAGAGUAUAAAUAUUACCACACAUACACAUUCUUUCACCUUCUCACAUUACCAUAAUCCUCCCCACAUUACACAAUCCCAUACAAUUAUAUGUAUCUGUUUAUUAAUUCAUAUAAUUCACACCUAUUGUCCAAGACUUCCUCUUUUUCUCUCUCGAGGAGUAAAUUCUCUCCUCUCCUCUGAAGCAAAGUUGCGGCAGAACUUUUUACCUUCAUCCUUUUUCCAUUGCUUUUUGAUUCCUGGAUUUCAGUGCGUUUUGCGUUUCGAGAUCCAUUGUUAUAAUCGAAAUGGGUUUUUCAAGAAUUAGUUUCACCAACUCCAUAGAGCCUGUGCAUACACCAUUCCCCUCAAAAGCACAAAUUUUGGGCACUACUGCGGAUCAUGAGUACUGUGACACCUAUGAAACUGAUGAUUCCGAGGUAAAAUUCAAGUCUUUUCUGUACAAAAUGAUCUGGGAUUUUGGUUUAGCUUGUCUGAUUUCACCUCGCCGGCGCCGGAGCUCGGGCAAGGAACAGAUGGUUGAGGGAAAUUGUGGUGGAAACAUUUUGGAGCACAAUAAGGCUUGGUUGCUUGCAGAAUCUGGUGGAUGCGGUGCAGAGGAACCACAGUCAGUGCACUCCUCAUUUAGGCUUAGUUUCUGCUCUCAGGUGGAACUUGAGUCAAUGAACGUAAACAACAGUUGUCCUUCCUCCACUGUUUUAAUGGUGAAUUUGGAUAAUGGAUUGCUCUCUGAUUCCAAGUCUAGAGAGUUGAAAUGGAGAAGAAUUGAGUCAUUGGAGAGGAGUAUAUCUCCAGUGGCACACUCUUUGAUUAGAUUCAGCUAUUCAGAAAUCCUAUCUGCCACUAAAUGUUUCUCAAAAGGUAGAGUCUUGGGGAGAGGGGCUUUGAGUUGUGUAUUUAGAGGAAGAGUGGGAUUUCUGAGAACUGCAGUGGCAAUUAAGCGAUUGGAUAAGGAAGAUAAGGAGUGUUCAAAGGCAUUUUGUAGGGAAUUGAUGAUUGCUAGUAGUUUGCAUAACCAAUACAUAGUUCCUCUUGUGGGAUUUUGUAUUGAUGCUGAGGAGGGCUUGUUUUUAGUCUACAAGUAUGUUUCCGGUGGAAGCUUAGAGCGAUAUUUGCACGGGAAGAAGAGGAGCAUGAAGGGUCGUCCAGCACUUUCAUGGGCAGCUAGGUAUAAGGUCGCCACGGGGAUCGCAGAGGCAGUUGGGUAUUUACAUAAUGGAACAGAAAGAUGCGUUGUUCAUAGGGACAUUAAGCCCUCAAACAUCCUUAUUUCUUCCAAGAAGUCACCCAAGUUAUGUGAUUUUGGAUUGGCUACUUGGACUCCUGCACCUUCAGUGCCAUUCCUUUGCAAGACUGUCAAAGGCACAUUUGGGUACUUGGCUCCUGAAUAUUUCCAGCAUGGGAAAGUGUCUGAUAAAACAGAUGUUUAUGCCUUAGGCGUUGUCCUCUUGGAACUAAUAACUGGCAGGAAGCCAAUCGAGUCAAAAAGUGGACCAGGAGAAGAUAAUUUAGUUUUGUGGGCAAAACCAUUACUCCAGCACGGAGUAGUUGAAAAAUUGCUUGAUCCACAGCUGAAAUUCACUGAAAAGAACUCAAAUCAGAUUGCUUGUAUGAUUCAAGCAGCAAGCGCUUGCGUUAACAGUGAAGAAUCACGUAGGCCUAACAUGGACGAAAUCAUUGCAAUACUGAGGGGAAAAGAUCCCAACUGCUUAAGACGAAACAAGUCUAUUUCGCUGGGAAACAGUAUCGAUUGUUGCCCUCAGUUACAACGCUCGAGGAGUGAAAUGAAGAGUCACUUUGCAUUGGCCAUGCUAGGAGUCGAUUGAAAAGUCACUGCCGGUGAAAAACUUAUAUCUAAAAUCCAGUAUUUAUUUUAUAUUAUUUUUUUUCUUUUGUGAUUUUCAACUCCUUUGGGAAUCGAAAAUAGGGGAGUUCUUAGGCUUAGAACCAUCAAGUUUGAACUUGUAUAUAGAAAUGGUAGUCUCAUAACUGUUUCAUUUGUAUAGAUCUGCAUCUUCUUGUUUGUGCUCCCUGAAGCAGAGGAUGACAUGAUUUCUUUACUAAUUAAAGUGCAGAUGCAAUAAUUUGAGAAA